CAGUAAGGAGCGGCGAGCAGCCCUAGCGACUAUGCACGCAUGCGUGGGAGCUGGGACGCGGCGUGCGUGUGACGUCAUGGGCGCGCCUGUCUAAACUCUUCCUAGUUUCCUUCCUAGAGAUCAGCAGAGGCUGUCAGCUUCCUUAGUUGCUAUCACUCUGGACAUCACCAUGAGACAGAACUGUUAUGCCACUGCAAUUAAUAAAUGAAAUCAAUGGGGUGACUGAAUUUCAGACAUUGAGCAAUGUACACAAAGUAGAUUUCAGGUCCCUUGGGUCACAUUGUGAUUAUAACAAGAGCUAUAUCCAGGUAAAAUUUUCAUUUACCUCUUUAACUGAUUGUGAAAAUGGAACAUCUGUCUUGAAGAUUGAACUACAAGUUGCUGGAUUUACUGUUUUGUGAACAUCUUCAUCUACAAGCAGAAUUGGUAAACACUGCCUAUUUUUUUAAAGCAUUCAAAGACUUCAACUAUUUAUGUUUAUGCUAAUUCUGUGACAGACCUUCUCCAGAAUCAAUGUCUUUGGUGCCAGCAACAAAUUAUAUGUAUACACCUCUGAAUCAACUUAAGAGUGGAACAGUUGUCAAUGUCUAUGGUGUUGUGAAGUUCUUUAAGCCCCCUUAUCUUAGCAAAGGAACUGAUUAUUGCUCAGUUGUAACAAUUGUGGACCAGACAAAUGUAAAGUUAACUUGCCUGCUCUUCAGUGGAAUCUAUGAAGCCCUCCCCACAAUUUAUAAAGUUGGAGAUAUUGUUCGCUUUCACAGGCUAAAGAUCCAGGUGUAUAAAAAGGAGGCGCAGGGUAUCACCAGCCCUGGCUUUGCCUCUUUGACAUUUGAGGGAACUUUGGGAGCUCCUGUCAUACCUCGUACUUCAAGCAAAUAUUUUAACUUCACUUCUGAGGACCACAAAAUGGUAGAAGCCUUACGUGUUUGGGCAUCCACUCAUAUUUCACCUUCUUUGACUUUACUGAAAUUGUGCGAUGUUCAGCCAAUGCAGUAUUUCGAUCUGACUUGUCAGCUUUUGGGCAAAGCAGAAGUGGAUGGAGCAUCGUUUCUUCUAAAGGUAUGGGAUGGCACCAGGACGCCCUUCCCAUCUUGGAGAGUUUUGAUACAAGACCUUGUUCUGGAAGGUGACUUAGGUCAGAUCCAUCGACUACAGAAUCUGACAAUAGACAUUUUGGUCUACGAUAAUCAUGUGCAAGUGGCAAGAUCUCUGCAGGUUGGAAGCUUUCUUAGAAUCUAUAGCCUCCAUACCAAACUCCAAUCAGUGAAUUCAGAGAGCCAGGCCACCUUGUUAGCUCUAGAAUUUCAUCUCCAUGGAGGUACCAGUUAUGGUCGGGGAAUCCGAGUCUUGCCAGAAAGUAACUCUGAUGUGGACCAACUGAAAAAGGCUUUAGAAUCUGCAGAGUUGACAGCCAGUCAGCAUUCACAUGGUAUCUAUCAAUCAGAACAUGAGGAGAGCUUUCCAACUGUAUCAAGCUCUGGAUCGGUAUCCCUAUUUGAGGAAGAGAGAUGUCAGCAGCUAUCUGCUACGAUACUUACAGAUCAUCAGUAUUUGGAGAAAACACCACUAUGUGCCAUUUUGAAGCAAAAAGCUCCUCAACAAUACCGCAUCCGAGCAAAAUUGAGGUCAUACAAGCCCCGAAGGCUAUUUCAGUCUGUUAAACUUCAUUGUCCUAAAUGUCAUUCAAUGCAGGAAGUUCCACAUGAGGAAGAGUUGGAUUUGAUACUGAAAGAUAGCACAACUAAUACCCCAGAUACCAAACUACAAAAUACAUUAUUAUAUGAUUCAAAUAUGUGGACCACCGAAGAUCAAGGUGGACGAAAAGUAGCUGUUCAUUUUGUGAAAAAUAAUGGUAUUCUUCCACUUUCCAAUGAAUGUCUAAUCUUGAUUGAAGGAGGUACACUCUGUGAAAUCUACAAACUCUUGGACAAAUUUCAUAGUGUAAUUCCUGUGAGGUCUGGCCAUGAAGACCUGGAACUCCUGGAUCUUUCAGCACCAUUCCUUAUUCAAGGAAAAGUGUGUCACUAUGGAUGUAAGCAGUGUUCUAAUUUGAGACCAAUACAAAACCUAAAUUCCCUGGUUGAUAAAACAUCAUGGAUUCCUUCUUCUGUGGCAGAAGUACUGGGUGUUGUACCCCUCCAGUAUGUGUUUGUUAUGACAUUUACUCUUGAUGAUGGGACAGGAGUUUUAGACACAUAUCUCAUGGAUUCUGACAAAUUCUUCCAGAUUCCAGCGUCAGAAGUCCUAUCUGAUGAUGACCUUCAGAAAACCAUGGAUAUGAUUAUGGAUAUGCUUUGUCCACCAGGAAUGAAAGUUGAUACAUAUCCUUGGUUGGAAUGCUUGAUCAAGUCAUAUUAUGUCACAAAUGGAACGGAGCAACAAAUUUGCUAUCAGAUUUUUGACACCACAGUUGCAGAAGAUCUUAUCUAAAUGCUGUAUUGUUGCAUAUGGAAAAUAUCAUUUUAGAAAAAAGUUAAUAUUUUCUAUGAUGUCGUUGUGAAACACAUAAGAGAUUUAGCUAUGUUUGAAAUACACAAACAUUUCCAUCUUAACUACCAUUUUAGAUUUUUUUUUGAUAAAUAGACAUUGUUAUGUUGGUGCCUUCUUGUAACUGUUAAAAAUGUUCUUGUUGCUCAAGAUAUUAAGCAUGAUGGCUUUAACGGAUAUAAAAGAAAAAGAACCAUUGAAUAGAAUAAAUAAAGUUUGUGGGUUCAUUUACUAUUUGCAGUUCUUCCAGAGAACUCUUUUGUUAUCCUGCACUAGAAAUUGCUUUUCCUGGGUUUUUUGGUUUUUUUUUUCAUGUAUCAGCCACUGACUUCUCUGCCACCCACCAUCACUGGAUGGGCAUCUUUCCCUGACCUGAUUUUUACAUCAGUAGUGUUAGUGUUGAUCUUUGUUAGCAUGGUAUGGGAUUAGAAAAUGUCUCUACCUUAAAUCUCAAAUUUCACUGUGUGCAAGGUAAAAACACAGUGGCUACUUACUUUGUUUUCUUUUGUUUUCCUACAGACUGAUCUGCUUAAAAAUCAGUGCUGCUUAAAGAAAUGUUUGUCAGAGGAGUAUAGUGUGCUAAAAGAGUGAUUUGCUUUUAAACAGAAGUGGCAGAAUUUGCUUCAUUUAGGUGCCAAUGUUGGCCAUUUUAGGAAAGAUUCAUUUCUUUAGACCUGAAUUAUAUACUUUGAUUCUUGUUUCUCUCCAUGGUAUUAAAAGUUUCUAUGAUAUUGCUCCAUUCCACUGAAACCUCAUAAAGUGAUCAGUUUUAUGAUGUUAGCGAUGUAUUUAUAUUACUUUCUUUUAAUAGUCUUAUGUAAAUUAUAUCUAUAUAGGUUUAAUUUAAUUGAAUGAGACGUUAACUCAGUAUAAUAGUCUGCUCUUUACCUGACAGUGUUUGUCCAAUUUAAAACCAUGAAUAGUCAAUUUUAUAGAAAUAUUUCUACAUACUUGUAUAUGUGGAUACAUUUGUGUAUAUUACUUGCCAUAGAUCGAAAGAUACAGAUCUGCCUCCUUUCAUGUUAGUAAAGAAUAAAUAAAUAUGCACAUUUCAACUCUUUGAUUUAUCUUUUCUGUGCUGAGCAGAGGAAUGCUAUGAGGCAAAUACUCAAAGCCAAUAUGUCAGUAUAACAGAUUAUUUAGGGCUAUCUUUACGCCAGGUUACUGUGC